AGCAGCAGAAGGAGCAGCAGUAGCAGCAGUAGCAGCAGCAGCUGAGACCGAGGCCGAGCAACAGUCGCAGUGGCAACGUCGAGACGCAUGCACGCUCAAUGCUCGCCGCUGGCUGAUGGCCAAAGUCGGAUUCGGAAUCAGAAUCAGCAACGAAACUGGGACUCCAGUCUGAACUGAACUGAAGUGAGGUGCCUGCCACCCGUCCCAUCCCAUCCCGCAUAGCCACAGAAAAGAGAAGCGCACAUAUCAGCAGGCAUUGCGAGCCAUUGAGCACACCUGUGGACCACUGCCAACCGACGAGAGGAGACGAAAGGAGAGCAAGGAGCGAGCACCAUGUCCACUUCAAAGCAUCAACACCAUCAUUAUCGAGCGGGGUUCGUGUGGCUCCUGCUACUCUCGACUGCCAGCGCCACUGUCAGUGCCAUUGUGGAGCCAGAGGAGGCGGCCUUCCAAGGUCGCUGCGGCCACACCAGUCCCUGCGAGCAGCUCUGCUAUGAGAUCCACGACGGGAUGUACGAGUGCGACUGCAUCGAGGGCUAUGAGCUGAACAAGAACGGGUACAGCUGUCAAGUUAUUAAUUCCACAGGCAACGGAUCCGAUGGCCGUGGCAAGUCCGACGAGGAUGUCCUGUAUCAGAAGGGAGCCUCGUUCAGCGCAAAGCUGGCCAACGAUGACAGCAAACUGAUGUCCCAGGCGGUGUAUGCCGCCGGAGAUGGCCCCGGUGCUGCAGGGAAUGGGAACGGAGUAGAUGAGUCCGAAGCGGAUGGCGAUAGCUACGACUACAGCGAGGGCGAUGACAGCACUUUGAGGCUGCAGGAGCGACAGCAGCAGCAACAGAAAGUCAAUUCAAACGAUUAUUACAUAUCAGCGGAGAGCAUCAAUUUCAAUUCUGAGGGCGAUGGCCCCGAGCCGGAUGUGGGCGAUUUUAAAGUGGCCAGCACGGCGAGCACAACCACAAUCAGUACCACCGCAGCGCCUAAAACCAAAACCAAAACCAGCACCUGGUCCAGCACAACCACAACAGGAGCCCCAGCCCAACCAACGGCAGACAGUGGCAAUGGCCAGAGCCAACUGGACAUGGACUAUGGGGUGGGCAAUGGUGCGGAUGGUGGGGAUGACUACUAUAGCUACAAGUCCGACAUGUCCAUCUACGACGAUGUCAACAAUAAUCAAUUAAAUUUAAGACGGAACAGCAACAGCAACAGCAACAGCAAAUCGCAAACAUAUCAGACGACAAGCAAUACGAAUAGGAACUCCGGCAAGAACAGGAAUCGCAAGACCAACAGCAACAGCAACAGCAACAGCAAAGUUCAAAUGCAUAUCACGAGGAUGUACACUAAUCGGAGCAACAUAUCAGAAACGAAUGUAGGAGUAGCAGCAAAUACGGGAACAUCAGCGGAGGCAGCAGCUACCAGCACUAGCAGCAGUUCCAGUUGCAAUCUGGAUUGUGGAGCCGAUGGCAUCUGUGCCUUGGAGGCAACCGCCGCCAGCUCCCGCUGCCUGUGUCCCUUUGGCAAGACAGGCAAUGGCUGCCAGGAUGAUAUACGCGCAAAUGUGCCGCGCUUUGCCAAGCGCUCCUGGCUGGCAUUUGCCGCACUUCAUGGCGCUUACAAGCACGUCCAGCUGCGCGUAGAGUUCCGUCCAGAGUCCUUUGAUGGCAUCAUAUUGCUGAGCGGCGAGCGGGACGAUCUAACUGGGGACUUCAUGGCCCUGCUGCUUAAUAAGGGAUUCGUGGAGUUCUGGUUCGACUGCGGCUCGGGCGUGGGCAGCGUACGGUCGCGGGAGACUAUCAUGCUGAACGAAUGGAACUCGGUGAUCAUCUAUCGGCAUCGCUGGGAUGCCUGGCUGGUGCUCAAUCACGGCACCAAGGUCCAGGGCAGAUCGAAUGGAUUAUUCUCGCGCAUCACCUUCCGUGAGCCUGUCUUCCUGGGUGGCAUUGGCAACAUCACGGGCCUGGCCAAGCGCCUGCCCCUGGCGGAGGGUUUCUCCGGCUGCAUUCGACGCUUUGUGGCCAACGAGCACGACUACAAGUUCACCGAACAUCCGCUGGGCGAUGUCAUCAAUGGCUUCGACAUACAGGACUGCUCCACGGACAAGUGUGUGCGCUAUCCCUGCCAGCAUGGUGGCAAGUGCCUGCCCUCGGACCAGGGAGCCGUCUGUCUCUGUCCCAUUGGAUAUGUCGGGGAUCUCUGCGAGAUUCGCAUGGAUCUGCAGGUUCCCGCCUUCAAUGGCUCGUCGUUCCUUCGCUAUGCGCCGCUCGGCGACAGCGCAUUGAUCUGGCUGGAGCUGAAGGUGAUCCUGAAGCCGGAACAGGCGGAUGGCCUCAUCCUGUACUCGGGCCCAGAGCAGCGAGGCGACUUCAUUGCCCUCUACCUGAACGAUGGCUUUGUGGAGUUUGCCUUUGACUUGGGCAGUGGACCCGCAGUGGUGCGGAGUGAGUACUCCAUCAGCACGGGACAGUGGCACACCAUCAAGAUCUCUCGGACUGCUCGCUUGGCAGUGCUCAAGAUCGAUCAGCACCAGGAGGUCAUGACCAUAUCCUCGAAUGGCUUCUGGCACUUGUCCCUGGAGCAGAAUCUGUUUGUGGGCGGCGUCAACCACGUGGACCGCCUGCCGCUGGACCUCAAGUACAAGCCAUUCUUUGUGGGAUGCAUUCAAAGGAUUGAUAUCAAUGGCCACUCGCUGGGCAUUGUGUCUGAGGCUGGGGGCAGCAACAUUGGCAACUGCCCCCACGCCUGUGUGGCCCGCCCGUGCGGACCCCUGGCGGAGUGCGUGCCGCAAAUGGAGAGCUACGAGUGCCGCUGCAGCAUCUACAACGAGCGCUGCAACAAGGCCGCCGAAGUGCCGCCCGAGCUGCUGCCGGAGCUGGCUUUACACAAAUCUAAGGCACUCGAGACCAAGCACAAUAGAGAAAGAGAACGAGAACGAGAACCAGAGGAGGCCGUGGCCAAGAAAGUCUCGGUCGUGGCGCACAAGAAGCACUCGAAGAAGCGCAAGAAUUUGCAUAAGCCACCUGCCACCACCACUGCUGCCACUACCACAACAACCACAAGCACAAGCACAACCACAGCCAGGCCCCCAUCCACAGCUCCACUGUCGACGGAUGAUGAGGAAGCCACAGCAGGGGCUCUUAGCAAUGAGGAAAUCGAAGAUGAUAUCAUAUUCCGCUUUGUGCAGCAGCAGCAGCAGCAGCAGCAGAACCAGCAGGAGCAGCAGCCACAGCAGCUGAUGCCAGGGAAGAGACAACCGCAGACGCCUUCUCCUUCUUCACAUUCCCAGCCAGCCCCACCGCCACCCCCAACUCCAGCUGCUAUGGCCACGGCCAAGCACUCGGGCAAGCUUCAAGUGAGCAAGCACGAGCACCACCAGAAGCCAAAUGCAGCCUUUGCCCACAAACUGAGCCGCCUGCCCACCCACUAUGAAAGUUUCCAGACGAAUCCGGACAGCGACAUUCUCACCUUUGAUGAUAACAACGACUGGGUGGCCAGCCUGCAGCAGCAGGAGUAUGCCGAUGCCAUGGCAACCAGCAGUCAGAGCAGUCAGAGCAGCAAGAGCAGCAAGAGCAUCCAGGGUGGUCCGGUUGUGUCGGCGGAGGAUGACAGCAAUGCCUUUGUCUUUGACGAGUCCCUUUUCGAUGCCUCGGACGGGACCGAGGACUACCAGCGGAAGCAGCUGAACGAGGACAUGAAGCGCAUCAUGUCCAACUCGAACACGCACAGCAGCCACAAAAAGGCAGAGCCCGAAGUGCUGGCCCCACCUGCACCCAGCGGGGUUUCCUCAAGCGAGACAGCGCAGUACAGUGAGGACUACAACGACGACGACAACGAUGAACUGCUGUCGCCAGUGCUGCAUUCAGAGCUGGAGGUUCAUCUAGAGAGCCAUGCCUCCACCACGCCACAGACCCACACGGACUGGAGCCUUCUGAAGAAGUUCGACCUCUCCGCGGAGCACCAGUCGCAGGUGCAGGGAGUUCGCAAGAACUUUGGGGCCUGCUUUGCCGGCGCCGACAGCUAUUUCCACUACAACGAUGCGGACACCAUGAGCCAGAUCAUUAGCUACAACAUUGAUUUAAAUCUGCGCAUCAAGACGCACUCGGAGAACGGCGUCAUUCUCUGGACCGGCCGCCAGGGAACGACGGAGGAGCACGACGACUAUUUGUCGCUGGGCAUUGAAAAGGGAUAUUUGCACUUUCGCUAUGAUUUGGGCUCUGGUGAGGUGGACAUUCGCUUCAAUGGCACCAAGGUCAGCGAUGGCCUGUGGCAUCGCGUGAGAGCCAUAAGGAACUCACAGGAGGGCUAUCUGGAGGUUGAUGGCCGCAAAACGUCCACGCAGCGAGCGCCUGGCAAGCUGCGUCAACUAAAUACAGAUACUGGCCUAUAUGUUGGUGGAAUGCCGGAUGUGGCAUACUUCACGCAUCGGCGCUACUACAGCGGCAUUGUGGGCUGCAUAUCGGAGAUUGUGGUGGCUGGGGAGUUGAAGCUGAACUUUGAUCCGAGCACCCUGGGAACGGAACACAACGUGGAGACAGGCCUACUAUGAAACGCUGCACUAACGCCUCAAGACUUUUGAUAUCGAAUAGUUUAAAUGUUAUGUUAAUCACACAAAUGUCCUUUGUCGAUUUGUGUUUGUACAAAAAUACGCUUUUAAAAGAAACAAAACAGAACGGGGUAGACGCUGAGAUUGAGAUUGAGGGAAGAGCAUUUUUUUACACCAAGAGAAAAGGAGAUGAGAGGAGAUGAUGGGAGAUGGAAGUUAAGGAGGAUCGAAACUAAAUCUAGAGCGUAAAACAUACUACAUACAUACAUAUUAUAUACAAACGUAUUGAGUAUAUACAAUAGCAUACACACAUAUACAUAUAUAUAUAUAUAGAUAUAUAUAUAUAUUUAAUGAGCAGAUGAGAUACCAACAAAAAGCAAAACAAAACAAAACAAAGGGCAUGCAUGCUUCGUAUAGAGCCUGUGACUGUCAAUACUUCAGAAUGGAAUAGUUUAUAUAUAACUUUAGCAAAGGGGAUUAAUGUAUAUCGAGUGGAGUGUAAAUCAUAUAGAAUAUGAUGAUAUGAUGAGACGUGUCAUCGUGUGUGCGGAGUAUCGGAGUGUGCGAUCAUGCCGGAAGUCCAUUUAAGGAACGAUUAACAAUUACGAUUAACGAAUAUCGAUAGCGAUACUUUAGUGUGUUGAACCGUUACGCUUUACAUGCAGAGCUGCCAGCUUUUUUGUACUACACACACACACACCACUCACACACACUGCUGUACACAGACACACACACAUGCAAAUGCAUUAUGGCAACACUUUCGUUUUUCGCAUUGCUGUACCUAAACAAACAAAGAAACAAACAAAAACUAUGAACUGUAUAACUGUACAUUCUGUACUAUUUGGCGCUUCUUGGAAGGUCCUGUCAAACCCCGAACGAAUCAAAGAGUGGAGUAGUAGAAGAGGAACAUAUUAAAUGGUAAGUAAAUAAUGGGUAGCGUGUAUUAGUAUGUAAGACGGCACACGAAAACACACACAACACACCCACACACACACAUGCCUGCCUAAGUAACUUUUAUAUACAAAUAUAUAAUGUAAAACCAAUUGUAAGAGACACCAAACCAAAGAAUCUUAAGCCAUACGUAAGAACACCAAAACACCACAAAGAAUAAACACUCAAAAACACACACAGAAACACGCUGAACCAGAAAAGAAUGGAAAAUAUGUGAGCGAUUUUUAACAAUUUACAUACACAUAUACUCCCAUGCAACAUACACACAUACAUACAUACAAUAUAAUAACAACAGAACAAAGAACUAAACAAAACAACAACUAGCUAAAGAAAACCAAACCAAAAGAUUAAGAAAACAGCAACUUAACAAUCCCAUAGCGAAAUUUGUA